UGUAUUUUUUAACUGUCAGGACGGCGACAGGAAAGAUUUGAUUUAAUUUGCAUUUUUUACAUGGGCUUUACAUUUUAAAUUAUUGAUUAAUGACUUUGCGCUAAUUUAAAAGUAGAAAAGAAUUCUGAUACAGACAGAUUCCCCCCUUAAAUUAACAAUUAGACCUAGCCUAGCCUAGUAUUUAUCAUUCAUUUCCAUUGGUCCAUCGCGUUUUCGGCAUGCAUUUGAGGAAUUGAUCUCUGAUCACAUAACUUAAUUCAAAUUAAAUUAAUAAAAUGGUUGAAAUCCGCUACACGAAACAUUUAUUUCUACGAUGCAUGAAUGUUAUUUACCUGUUUGCAUUUGCGUCCAUUUACAUCCAAAUACCGGGACUUUAUGGUGAGAAUGGUGUGUUACCAGCCCAUGUUCAACUUGAAGCUAAGGAUGACAACUUGGUCAGAAAUAUUCACAACAAACCAACUUUGCUGUGGCUUGCCCCUUAUAUUGGUCUUGACACAGAAUACAUGAUGGAUGUGCUUGCUCUUACUGGAAUAUUCCUUUCUUUUACCGGAUUUGUAUCACAAAAGUUCUGCAACAAGCCGAUGUUUGCUGCUCUCUGGUCACUGUAUUACUCCUUAUACCAGGUUGGGCAGACUUUCCUUUGGUUUCAAUGGGACAUCCUACUGCUAGAGGCUGGAGUGUUGUGUGUGCUUGCGUCUCCGUUGCGCUACAAGCCCGGCACUCGUCGUAGGCCGACCCCACUCGCCCCACACGAGCCUGUCACGUUCUGGCUCGUCCGCUGGCUGCUGUUCCGUCUGUUGUUCAGCUCAGGCAUCGUCAAACUGACCAGUGGAUGCCCUCAGUGGUGGGGACUCACAGCUCUAAAUGUCCACUUUGAGUCGAUGUGUCUGCCUGCGCCACUAGCCUGGUACUGCUUCCAUCUGCCUGCCUGGUUCCUCAACCUCAACACGGUGUUUGCCAACGUGGCCGAGAUAUUCAUCCCUCCGCUAUUCUUCUUCCCGGUACAAUCCGUCAGAACAGUAGCAUUUUGGGUUCAGGCUUUUCUCCAAGUUUGCAUCAUUAUCAGUGGAAACUUCAACUUUUUCAAUUUCCUAACUUUGACUCUGUGCCUCUCCUUGUGCACGGACAAGUUCUUUUUGAAAAUCAAAAAGCAAGAGAAGUCCAGCAGACUGUUAUCGAUUCUCAGUUUCCUUACAGCUGUUGUGGUUUAUGGCACGGUCAUCUACGCUACUGUUGUACUCUACACUCUCAAGUAUCAAGACGGGAAAAUUAACUCAAAGAUUGCAUUCACCAAGAAGGAGUUUGAUCUGGCCCUGUCCAAGGGGUUGCCAGCUGUUAUUGUUGUUGGGUUGGCAUCACUGGUCAUCACUUCACUACAGGCUCUUCUCUCAGCCGUGUCACAAACUUCUUCGUCUUUCUUCUCCAAGCUUUUCUCUCUGCUGUCAACGCUGUUUUACAUCACUGCGUCUGCUUUUAUUUUCACCGACAGUCUAGUGCCGUUCUCCACUCUCCACCCGUCAGGCAAUGCCACAGUGCUGCCUGUUGUGAGAGACUGGCACACUCGGCUGAGUCACCUACAUGUCACCAACGCCUACGGACUGUUCAGACGGAUGACGGGCGUCGGUGGUCGGCCAGAGAUCAUCAUUGAGGGGUCCAACGAUGUCAAGGGACCUUGGCUAGAAUAUCACUUCCUUUACAAGCCUGGCGAUGUCAAUAGAAGUCCUCCUUUUGUUGCUCCCCACCAGCCGCGGUUGGAUUGGCAGAUGUGGUUUGCUGCUCUCGGCACGUACCACCAGAACCCCUGGCUGAUGUCCCUCACCUACCGGAUACUGACCAACCAGAAGGAAGUGCUGGCUCUGAUGGACCAGGCCCACAACCCGUUCAAGCAGACACCACCCAAGUACCUGAGAGCUACAUUGUAUCAUUACCACUACACCACCUGGGACCAAAGAACCACCAACCGCUGGUGGACCAGAGAGAAGGUCGGGGAAUAUUUCCCAGUGUUCUCCAAGGACCAUCCCCCACUGCUGGACUACCUCCGUAACCUCAAGAUGUUGUCUAAGGACAAACACAAGGCCAAAGUCAAUCCUUACGCUAAAAAUUUCCUAGACCAGUUGAGAGCCUUAUUUGCCAAUGUUGACGGAGGUAUAUUACUGUGGUCCUUGUUCUCCGCUGGAAUGGCCGUCACUAUGCUGGAAGGAUUCAGUAGCCCGGCUACCACCCCUCACUCCAAGAAAAACAACUAAGAGUUCUUCCUUUAGACCACAAAAAUACUAUUAUGACAUAUUUUUUAACUGAAUCCUGCAAACGAGUUGUUGUGUGGUUUGAAUCUCAAAGGUAGUACUUUAUUCAAUAUUGUUUUGUCCGUAAUUUAUUAUUUUUAAAUCUCUUAUAACUGAAAUAUACAUGUAUACUACCAUGACAAUGUUGUUAUUAGUGUGAAAUAGUAGUACUGUUCUUGUUCUUGUAAGAAUCGUUAGUAAAUGUACAGGUGUAUAAAAUAUUUGUGCGAUCUACUUCGUGUGUUAGGCCUACGUUUUCUAACAUCCUUUUACAUGUUUGUGAUAUUACACAUUCUUAUUUGUCAACUUUUUUCUAUAAAGUGUAAAUUAAUAUCGAUUGUAAUAGGAUUUUCUCGCAACAUAAUCAUUCCCUUCUACUUUCCACUAUGUACAAAUGGUUCAAUCAAAGUUUUGAGAUUAUAUUAUAUUUCUUGUAGUUGCUAGACAUUUUUUACUGUGUAACAUUAAAAGAUGACUUGUCUGACGGUUUUCACUUUACUUGUAGUUAUCUAAGUUUUGAUCCCAAAGUGUGUUUAAAUCAUUAGAAAUAAUUUACGUGUUAGAAAAAUACACUGGGAACAACACUCACGGUUGCAUUUACUAGUCUGUAAGUUGUGGGUGUGUAAGCAAUAAAGCUAAAUGUUCUUUCACCAUUCAUAAAAAUAUAUCUUAACUUAAUAUUUAUUUUAAAAACUUCUCAAAUGUUUGUAGUGUUUUGUGGAUGAAAAUGGAACUACAAUAUAGCCAAACAAAAAUUUGCUUUACAAUAUAAUUUGUUUUGAUGACCCACAGUUAAUUAGACUUUUGAUGAUUUUAUUGCACAUUGUGUGUUUGGGCAAGUUCAUAAUUUGUUUAAUGAUUUUAACUUAGUUACAUAUAUUUGCAACUAAAUUUUUUUAUUAUCUGGGCACUUUUGAAAUAAUAUUAUAGGUGUGAGUGAUAAAAUAAUAAUUUGUAAUAUUUUAGUGUUACAAUAAAAAUUGAUUAAAUAAAAAAAGUGUGUGUAGUGUUUUUGGUUUUUGAGAAUUAUUUAAAAAUAAAGACUUGUUUUGCAUUAACUUAUUUAUUUUGAUUUAAAGACAAUGUAAUCAAUAAUGCAGGGUUUUGAGUUAUGACUGUUAGGUUACGAGUAUUACUUAAUAUUUUACUAAGUAAGUACUGUAUAUGAUUUUGAACUUCAAGAAAUUUUCAAAGCCUUAAAUAACCCUUGGUUGAAAAUGUUGAAACAGUAUUAAAUAGUUUUUUGUGAGUCAUUGGCUAGGCCGGUAGCAAGACAGACCACCUUGAUCAACACCCAGAACAUUGUUGUCAUGGGUUUUGAUCCUGGUGCCUGCAACUAAAUUUUAUCUGUCAGUACAGUUGACCUGCGUAAUCCACCAGCUCACCCGUUUGUUUGCUGGACGUGGCCCGAGGCUUAUGUGGACAGGCAAAUGGAAGGUUAAAAGAGGUCGCAAACCUCUCUUUAGCUUAAAAAAAACAUCAAGGAUUGUUGUUAUGCUAGUUUAAAAAUAUUUGAUUUUAGUACGGUAGCUUCUAUAAAUUAUUGCAUUUUAAUAAAAGUUUACCGCUGGGAAUAAUUUUUACUGCUUUUUCACCUAUGCUUCAGUUAUUUUAUAACAUCACAUGAGCUUGGUGUAAAAUAUGUUAUCCCGUAGUUUUGUUUUGAAUAUUUUAUUUGUUGUAAUUCUUCUUAAUUUAAUUUUUGUAGUGUUGAGUAUUCUAUGACUUGUAAACUAAAUAAUAACGAAAUGUUUUCUACCA